GACCUCAUAUACAGCACUUUCACAGCUUUCAGUACAAGAUAUUUGGAAAGCAGCUUUUCCUGAGUUACUUAGACCGGUUCUGUUCUUCCAAUGAGUGGAUCAGGUGGGAGUGGCUGCCGUCCCAGCAGACAUAAGUCUCCCUCCUCUCCGCGUCCUCCUCCCUCCUCUGGUUGUACUUGCGUGGAGCAGCUAGCAGCACGGCACUCUGCACACACCGGGAAGCAGCCUCCUGACUAAACUAAAUUAUUUUCACAUUUUCACACCGACGCUUUGCUUAAGAAACCAUCGAAGAAUCAUGUCCAGCUACCACAAACCCGAUGAAAAAACUCUGCAGGGGCUGAAAGACGUCGCUAACAAGCUCAGGAUCAACUCCAUUAAGGCGACAUGCGCCUCCAACUCUGGGUGAGUUAUUUCAAGUCAUUUCAAUGUAAUUUCGACUAUCAGAAGGCUAAACACAAAAGCAAUAUCUCCCAUAUUAUGUAAUGUUAGCAAACACAAGCAGACAUACGUUAACCCUGCGGGGCCCGGAUGCACGUGCUGCUGAUUAUCCUCACGCGGUGGAGAGCGUAGGAGCUGCAGGCAGCUAGCAAGUAAAUAUUCACAAUUCAUUCCGUUUCAAGUAAAGCUUUGUGGAGUCUACAGACUGAGAUAACACUUACACGAGCUAUUGAAUGGUGCUUUAUUUGACGCUGAUAAGAUUUCAACAAACGUCGACUUGUUGGCUUAGUUGUUAAAGCGAGCUAGCAAAGAGUUAAUGUUCUGUAAUAACCCUGCUAAAUGUAAAUGAUGAACCCGAAGUAUGAACACCGGUGGUCUGUCGUAGAAUGCACCCCCUGACGGGAGCGCGGUUGAAAGUACACAACAAGGCCAUAUAAUCCACGUUUUCCUUACCGUUGGAUGCAUUCAAAAGCGUGUGCCUUUGAUAAUUUCAUUCAGGCUAUUUAGAUAAGCCCGAAAAUAUGUUGUUCUCUUCCGUGACAGCUUACUGUACAGUUUAUAUACCCAAGUACACUUUUAUAUGUGCAUUUUUGACACACAUAAAAACCGAAGGAAAGUUUGCUGCUCCGUUUGACAUGUUCUCAUAAUCCAGUACACCUGUUUUUUAAAAUAUGAGAUCAUUUUCCUUCACUUUAAGGAGCUAAUGAGUGGAUAGGCUGCAGGGGAUGCAUUCUACGGCACAACACCUGCCUGCUUUCGUUAUCAAGAAAUCACAUGAUCAGGAGAAAGGUUAAACCUCGUCGCGACGUCGAUACGUCAGUUUAAAGUUGCAGCAGCAUCCUAGAAUGCUCCAAAGAGAUAGCUGCACACUGACUGAACUGCACUCUGUGGAUCUCCAUGUUCAGAUGUAGGAAGUCAAAGUGCACCUGUGGUGUUGCUUCAUCCUCACCGCCUCCCAAGUUUGGCAACCUGGCUUCUUCCUCUUCACAGUGGGAAAUGCCACUAUAAGUUGAAACAGGUCCAAGAAUAGUAAAUGAACAGUUUCCUUGUUGAGAGGGGUGUAACUUUACGACUUUAGACACAGAUUAUUCUGCUUGCCCUUUGCCUUCCUUUUGUAAUGUCAGGAUUAUAAUAGGACAAAGCCACAAGAAACUCCAGAGGAUUCCUGAUCAAACCAUUUAGUGGUUGAUGCCUCCUGAAGUAGAAUUAUGUAAAAUUACUGAUGAUUUUUGCAUCUUUUUACAGUGGCACUAAAACAAAGUGGGUAAAAAUGAAGCAGCAUGUAAGAAUCACAAAUUUUAAAGCGUCUUGUCAAUCCCCUUGUCAGUUCAUCUCAUGUAGGUUGUCCUCACACUUUCCACUUUUGUUAAAUUUGCCCUACGUCCUCCAAAAAUAUCCGGUAUUGCUUAAUUUUCAGCUUCAGGCUACUUCCAAACAAAAGAGCUUUUGUUGAUAAACCUGUUUUUGUCAUUUCCGUGUUAACCGACAAGGAAAUGUAGGAACUCUCUUCCUUGUGUCCUCACAGUCAGUCGGCUAAUGAUCUGAUAUCAUUGUCACAUUCAACAAAGGAUGCCUCUGAGUUUUGACACACAACUUUCUUUACAUUUAGUUCCUCGUUGAGUGAAAUGAAACAUAACCCUUGAGUGUCUGAUUUCUUUUGUUUUGAGCUUUAUGAAUUUACUUGAGUGUAUUUCUCAGCAGGUUAUCAGUCAACACAAGGACAAGGGGUAACCAGAGCAGCCUGAUUUUCUUUAUUAUGAUUAUUAAAUGCAACUGUGAUCAUCAUGUUUGCUUUCUAGAUAACUCGUGUGUUCCCAGCAUGGUUGAAGUGAUGCUACUUGUAAUUUAACUCACCUAGGGAAGCUGUGGUGCUGUUGAGUAAUGUGGGAUUUCCAAACACGUUCAUUACAGUAGUCAGACCACAAUGCAGCAACUAACAGUUUCACAAGUUCACUCCUCUGUCUUUUUUUAUGUUUCUUUUUUUUAUUUUUGUAGGUCUUGAGUGUGGUAACCUAACUGAUUUGUUCAUGUUUGCAGAUUAACAACUGUUGGUCUAGGUGUUAUUCCUAACCUUAAAAGAAUGGAAAGAUUGAUUUUAAGACUCAUUGCUUGCCCAAUAUAUCAAUUAGGAUGAGCCUCCUGGAGUGACUGAUUGUAUUACUGUGGAAAUUGGUACUGCUAAACUUUAAAAAAUAAGUUUCUGACUGUAGUGAAACAUGCAUGUAGGAGCAUGAUGUCUCUCAAACAUCAGCUUGAAUUUAAUGACCAGUAUCUCCUCUUUUCUCCCUUCAGCCACCCUACCUCAUGCUGCAGUGCAGCAGAGCUCAUGUCCGUGCUCUUCUUCCAUACCAUGCGCUACAAAGCAGAUGAUCCUCGCAACCAGUGCAAUGACCGCUUUGUGCUCUCAAAGGUCAGUGUGUUCCCUUUUUUUUGUAUUUUGUUGGUACAACUUCGAUUUACAAUUAAGUUGUCUUAAAAUGCUGUUUUUUUAACCUGUUUGUCUCAAGGGUCAUGCUGCGCCUGUCCUGUAUGCUGCCUGGGCUGAGGCGGGUUUUGUGAAAGAGUCUGAUCUGCUUAACCUUCGCAAGAUUGACAGUGACCUGGAGGGCCACCCGACACCAGUAAAUAAGAGUCCUUCUGGUGUUUAUUCCCUUGACCACAGGAGAAACAUGACGUAUAGGUUGCUUUUCAUAUGAUAUAAAAUUGCGUCUGUCUCUUUCUCGCUCAACAGAAACUGGAAUUUGUUGAUGUGGCCACAGGAUCUCUGGGACAGGGUCUUGGGGCUGCCUGUGGGAUGGCUUACACGGGCAAAUUCUUUGACAAAUCCAGGUAAUUUAAUUCAAGACGUUAACUCUUCUUUUGAAACUUGUCAUCCAUUCAGCACCAGUCUGCAGGGAGUACCUUUACAGUGCAUAAUGAUAACUCCAGGGCAGGGGUUGUCUGUCUGUUCUCUAAAUAAACUGUCUUUGAGAAGGUUGGAUGUCAUAUAUACUCUGUUGUUGACUUAACAUUGUUUCAACAAGCACUGUUUACUAAGAGUAUAGCGCCAUGGCUGGUUAGCGAGGAUGGCUUUGUUUGAUGUACUGUAAUCUUUUUAAUGGACUAACCAGUGUGAGUGUAGCUGUAAUUGGGUUAAAUCACAAGAGUUGGCGGUGGUGCCAAAAGGAUUUACAGGGCUGUAAAUGCGGUUGCAACUUCCUAGUAAAGUAUGGAAGUAUGGAAAUAAAUUUGAUUAAUUUCCAGGUUUUAAAAAGUAUGGAAACUGAAAAAUUAAGUGUGGAAAAAUAUUUGUUUCCAUACUAUUACCACAGUUCUAAAAUACUGUUUUGUAAAAUAGAAAAGUAUGUAUUUCCAAAAAUAACUGGAAAUUUCAACUGUGUAGGAACCCUGAUAUUAGCAGUUGGUCACACCUGUUGAUCUUUUAACUAACCCAUUGGUGUAAGAUAUGACAAACACCUAUAGUGAACCAGCCUGUUUUGGUUGUCAAUAAAAGGAGCCAGUCCUACACAAAAUAACAGCAGUGAUGGUCAUGACUGCAGGGUUAUGUACACAUUACAGGUGUUUUUAUAUCAAUGCUCUUAAAGGCACUGUCCUGUAGUCUCCCCACAGAAGACAAAUGUUUGGCACUAGGGGAGUCCCGAUAUGAUAUAUUAAUAUUGGUCCAAUAUCAGCAAAAAAACAAACAUCAGAUUAUAUCGGCCUGCAUCUAAAAUCUCAGAUGUUUUUGAUUUGAUUUAUUUUGGGUCCACCAUUAGUUACAACAAAAUAUAUAGUAACUACUCUUCCUGGGGUCCUUUUUAUCUUCUUUUCCAUUUUCAUUUUGAACUUCAACAUAUACUUACACUUACAUAACAGUCAUUCUAAACUUCAUUCAUAAAGUAGCUCUUAUUCUCUCUUGCUUGUUGAAAAAUAAAUCAAGACAUAAAUGAGAUGAAAGAAAAGCGAAAAGACAAAAAAGAAAAACAGAAUUGAUCUUGGGCAUAACAAGAAACGUAAUCCAUCAGAGAUAAGAGUGAACUUAAUUUCAUUCAUGGUACUCCAUACAGUAAACAAAUACACCUUUUAAUUGUUUGUCAAAGCAACUUCUGUUAAUGUCUGAAAUUAAAAAGUUAGGAAUCAGCACUCUGAUGCAAGCAGUCCAUUCCAGACUCCGCUCUAGCACCUCUAGCCAGCAGCGCCCUGAUCCAGCAAGCAGAGCCCACAAAAUCACAACAAUAGUGUGUACUAAGAUACUAACAAAGUAUCAAGGAGUAAGAGUGAUGUCGGCCUUGUAGCAGUAUUUUUUGUUUAAGUCCAAAAAAGAAAUUGCAGCUGAGUAGAAAAACUUGUGAAGUACACUUUUGUGCUAAUAUUGGUAUUGGUCAAUGUUGAAGGCUACAAUAUCUGCAUCGUAUCGGAAGUCAAAAAGUUGUAUCGGGACACCCCUAUUUGACACCCUUAAACUUUUUGACACUCAUUUUUACUCCUUCCUGUGUUGUGUUGUAGUUACCGUGUGUACUGCAUGAUGGGUGAUGGAGAGUGUUCAGAGGGCUCCGUGUGGGAGGCCAUGGCCUUUGCCUCCUACUACAAGCUGGACAACCUGGUGGCCAUCAUGGAUGUCAACAGGCUGGGUCAGAGUGAAGCUGCACCUCUGAAGCAUGACAUGGAGACAUACCGCAAGCGCUGUGAAGCCUUUGGGUCAGUGACAAACCUUCCUUUCCCCUUCAUAGACAGUUCUCCCGAGAAAUUCUGACACAACUGCUCUAAACUCAUAAAAAGUUAAAUCAGAUGGUAAAUUUGUACGCUGCUGUAUUUCCUCUCCCCUCUUUCAGUCAUUUAGCCUUUCUUCUACGACUCUACUUUUGGUUAAUUCAUUUUAUGUUCAACAUGUUUGCUCAGCAGUUAAUACAUCCGAGUGUUUGGGGUUAAUAUUUAUCAUAGUGUGUGGUGUGCUGUUAAAGUUGAGCAAUGUUUGUGCAGGUGGAACACGUAUGUUGUGAAUGGACACGAUGUGGAGGAGCUGUGCAAAGCUUUCUGGCAGGCUAAGCAGGUCAAAAACAAACCCACUUGCAUUGUAGCGAAGACAUUCAAGGGCAGAGGUCUUAAAAGUACGUAUUGUCCCUUUUUUUACAGUGAAUACAUUUCUCAAAGGAUGAUCUUUUGUGCAAGUUUGAAUUAUUUAAUUGUGUUCCUUGACUGUAGAUAUCGAGGAUCUCGAUAACUGGCAUGGAAAGCCCAUCCCCAAAGACAGAGUGGAUGACAUCCUGAAUGACCUGCAGGCUCAGAUCCAGGUCCCCAACAAGAUGCUGUGUCCUGAGAUGCCUGAAGAGGACACCGCCCCUGCAGACCUGAGCCCAGUCCUGCUGCCUUCACCUCCUGCAUACAAGAAGGGAGAUAAGGUACUUUUUUAAGGGACACCAAAGUGACCUGGAGUAGUUGUCUGUACUUAGAUGAGCACUUGGAAUAACUAUAGUAGUGUUUUGUUUUGAUAUACCUGGUAAAUCUGCCUUUUUAUUUCUAUCUGUUCAGAUGGCUACAAGGCGUGCGUACGGUAUUGCACUGGCCAGGCUGGGCCAGUCCAGCCAGAGAGUGGUUGCCCUUGAUGGGGACACCAAGAACUCCACCUUCUCAGAGACCUUCAAGAAGGCCUUCCCUGAUCGUUACAUCGAGUGCUUCAUUGCUGAACAGAACAUGGUGAAUAAUCGUAUAUAAUCCUCAUGUCUGAUUUAAAAACGCCGGUGCCUUAUUUCAAGUUACACACCCACAUGAUUAACUCAACCAGGUUUAUCCCCCUUUCAAAAGGUAGAGUUCACACUCCACACUGCCGUAAUCUGCUCCUAACUGGUCUAAUCUGUUGCUAUUCAUUCUCCAGCAUGUUAAUCCCCCUCUUCUCACUGCUGCUAAUGUCCAGUUAACAUGUGCCUCUGCUGAUAUUAACCCCGUCCUGUCACACUCGUGUCGUUACAGGUGGGAGUGGCCAUCGGCUGUGCCACCCGUGACCGCACAGUUGCGUUUGCCAGCACGUUUGCCGCCUUCUUGUCCAGGGCCUACGAUCAGAUCCGUAUGGGAGCCAUCUCCCAGACAAAUGUCAACCUGGUGGGGUCCCACUGUGGGAUUUCCAUUGGUAAGCUUUCUGCUGAGGAGGCACGAGUUGGCUGUAAAACAGACUCAAGUUCAUGUCACUCACAGAUCAUUUUCUGCCUUCAGGUGAGGACGGCCCCUCUCAGAUGGCUCUGGAAGACUUGGCCAUGUUCCGCGCUAUCCCAACAUGCACUGUGUUUUAUCCCAGUGAUGCAGUGUCUACUGAGAGAGCUGUGGAGCUGUCAGCAAACACAAAGGUUUGAGAAAAGAGGUUUUCUCUGAGUUAUGUUCAUUAAAAAGAGGCUAGUGGACUCAAACUUAUUUCUACUCAUCUGUAUCUUCUCAGGGCAUCUGUUUCAUUCGCACAAGCAGACCAGACACCGCAGUCCUUUACUCUCCGGAUGAGAAGUUUGAAAUAGGAGUGGCCAAGGUAACAAUUACCCCCCUGAUCAGGGUUCCUACGCGAGUAUGGAAGUAAUUUGAGGGUCUUUUUAAAAAGUGUGAUAAAUGAAAAAUUAAGUGUGGAAAAAUAUUUGUGUGAACAGACUAUAUUACCACUAUUAUAAAAUACCUACUUUUCUAUUUAAAGAAAACAGUAUUUCCAAAAAUAAUUCUAAAAAGUAGGGUAUGGAAACUGUGCAGGAACCCUGCCCCUGAUUCUACACCAUCCUUGCAUCGAAGCUGCUGAAAAGGGUUUGAAAAAUAAAUGACAACUGGAUGUUUGUGCUUCAAAGGUGGUGCGCCAGUCUGCCAACGAUCACGUGACUGUUGUGGGUGCUGGUGUGACUCUCCAUGAGGCCCUGGCUGCUGCUGACAUGCUGGCCAGUGAAGGUAAACUCACAUUGCCCCCUAGUGGAUAGAAAUGGGUAUUGAAAUUGAACAUCCAUGGCCAUUAUCCUCAACUGGACUUUGGACUUUUUCGAUUAAACGGACAGAGUUAUCAGCUGCUCUUUAAUCUAGAACAGCAUAACAAACACCUUUUACUGUAAUGACAAUGUAAUAUAUAUAUUUUUCAGGCAAGAACAUUCGAGUCAUUGACCCGUUCACCAUCAAGCCCCUGGAUGCAGCUACCAUUCUGGAGAGUGCCAGAGCUACAGGAGGGCAGAUCAUCACUGUGGAGGACCACUACAAGGAGGGUGAGUGGUCCAGUUUUGUUUACUUUUAAUUUUUUUAUUUUUAUCCGUUUAUUUAUAUUCAACCUCAGGAUUUUAUAAAAUGGUAGCCUCCUAUCAUCUCUGCUUAAGUUCCCACUGGGAAGAAUAGUCUAUGAAAAGCACUCACAGGAGUUAUUUAUUGAUGUGUGCUCUGCCUCUCUAACAUGUUCUUUCUCCUCUCCCUAGGUGGUCUCGGUGAAGCGGUACUGUCCGCAGUGGGCAGGGAGCCUGGCAUUGUCGUAACCCGGCUGGCGGUGAGCGGUGUUCCCCGCAGCGGAAAGCCACAAGAGCUUCUUGAUAUCUUUGGCAUCAGCGCCAAGCACAUCGCUAACGCCGUGCGCCAGACCUUCGCGAACUAAGGACCGCACCCGAUCCCUCCCUCCUGCUCUGUUGCGUCAAAACCACCUUUUACAUGAAGACCUGUUAACUAUUUACCAUUUGGUUGCAGUGUUCUGUCCAUGUAUUGUCAUUUCUAUCACAGUGAGAGAGCGAGUGGAGCAGAAGUGCAGCGUUAUUGAAGCCUGUGGUGCUAAUCUUAUGCCUUUUGUGUACCCUGUCCCUCUGGCUCUCCUUUUCCACCUCAACUGAUGUUGUUAGCAAGUGUGCUCCAGCUCAAAUCACUAAAACACAAUUCACUUGAUUUUCUGGUUAGAUAUAAAUGUCAUCUGUCACCAGAAGCCUAUCUAGGUUAUGCUCUGCUGUGUACCAUCAGGCUGUGACCUCAGUUCCUCAUAUCAGCCUUUAUUUCCCUUUUUACAUUCCUAACAAGCAUACAGACCAUGUCUACCGACUUCACUUAUGUUCAUUGCUCUCUUUUUCUAAACAUCACUGUUACUGUUAGGCAUUAAGCUCAUGUACUAGAUCAUCUUAUUUUAGUUGUUUUCACCCGCAGCUUUUAGCACUUAGCUGUGGUAGACAACUGCGUCAUCUGACCCGGUGUGAAAAUCACUUUGGUUAUGAACAGUUUGAAGCAUUCCUUUGGUGACUCCUGGCAGGCGCUACAUGACGCUGCUGGUGUUUGAGGUCACCUUUGUCAUCUUGCUAUAGUUGUGAUGUGCUGAAUUAAAUAAUUAACCAUCUCACUUGA